AUGGAUCCCUCCAGCAAUGAAAAGGUCGCAGAUGCGACUCACGUUCCAGAGGCCGUUGAAUCGCCAGCGCCGCACGAGAUGACCAUAGGCGAGUAUGCCUCGACACGCCUCACCACUCUGAAGCCUCCAAUGCACCACGCCCCUAAUCCAUUCCGUCUCCUGGGAAUGCUCAGCGGAAAGCAAUGGCUCUUCUUCCUCGUCGGUUUCCUUGCUUGGACUUGGGAUGCCUUUGACUUCUUCACCGUCAGCUUGACAGUCUCGGACCUCGCCGAGACCUUCGGCAAGACGAAUACCCAGAUCACCUGGGGAAUCACAUUGGUUUUGAUGUUCCGGUCCGUUGGAUCCACCGUCUUCGGUCUUGCAGCCGAUAGGUACGGACGAAAAUGGCCUUUCGUCGUAAACAACCUCUUGUUCAUCGUUCUCGAGUUGGGGACAGGCUUCUGCCAGAACUAUAAGCAAUUCCUUGCAUGCAGAGCUCUGUUCGGUAUCGCAAUGGGUGGUCUGUACGGCAAUGCUGCUGCAACGGCUCUCGAGGAUUGCCCUGAGGAGGCACGUGGAAUCGUUUCCGGCAUGCUGCAGCAAGGCUACGCUUUUGGUUAUCUUUUGGCAACUGCUUUUGCGAGAGGCCUUGUCAACACCACUUCCCACGGCUGGCGCCCUCUCUUCUGGUUCGGUGCCUGCCCACCUGUUCUGAUCAUCAUUUUCCGUCUCUGCUUGCCAGAAACUGAUGCGUACAUUGAACGUGACGCCGUUCGAAAUGAGAAGGGCAAUAUUGGGAAGACGUUCAUUGCAGAAGGCAAAGUUGCACUUAAGAGACAUUGGCUCCUUCUGAUCUACUUGGUGAUGCUGAUGGCUGGGUUCAACUUCAUGUCCCACGGCUCCCAAGAUCUCUACCCAACCAUGUUAACCAACCAAUACAAUUUCAGCCCCAACGCCGUGACCGUCACCCAAGUAGUAGCGAACCUCGGCGCCAUGACUGGCGGCACCGUAAUCGGGUACAGCUCGCAAAUCUUCGGCCGCCGCUUCUCCAUAAUCUUCAUCUCGAUCAUCGGCGGCGCGCUUCUGUAUCCAUACACUUACACCUCCAGCCACGCCGUCAUCGCCGCCGCCUUCUUCGAGCAAUUCUGCGUCCAGGGCGCAUGGGGCGUGAUCCCCAUCCACCUGAUGGAGCUCUCCCCGGGAUCCUUCCGCACCUUCGUCGUCGGGACCUCCUACCAACUCGGCAACCUCGCGUCCUCGGCAUCCUCAACCAUCGAAUCCACGAUCGGAUCGCGCUUCCCUCUCCCGCCAAAAGGAAAGACCAAGCGAUACCAAUAUGGAAAGGUCAUGUGCAUCUUCAUGGGCUGUGUUUACGUUUAUGUCAUCAUCAUGACGUUUGUGGGACCGGAGUAUCUGCGGCGCAGCUUUGAGGUCAACCAGGACUCCGAUUUGAAUGAGGCGGCGGGCCAUGAUACGAUCGAGAAGGCGAUGAGGAAGAUUCAUCAGAGGGAGGCUGGGGGCCAUCAGCAGCAGCAUAGUGACCCGGAGGAUAUCCAGACUAGUGAGAAGGGCGUUGUGCAGCAGCAGGCUUGA